AUGACCGUGGGUUGUUCUGGCAUGCCCACACUAUCAUCUUCAGGGUCUGCGUCCAUUUUCCCAUCCGGACACGCAUCACUUGGCGGGGCUGGAGAUAGCAACUCCCAGGAAACUGUCUCCCCCACCCAUGCAUUUACCGCAUGUCUGCCUCGUAGCUCUCGUAAGCAGACUCGCGAUCGGUUACCUCCUGCAGCCUCAACAGGCCAGGCACUUGGUACACCGAUUCGCAUAACUCGGUCUAAUCGCCUACUCCAACACCUGCCGUAUGAGCUGCUCUCAAGCGCCUCUUCACGCCGGAAGAAACCGCGCCCCCAAAAUAUAUCCGAGGCAUCGACUGGCAAAAGUGAGAUGGAUUUUGGGGAAUCGACCGCAUACUCAACUUCUUCGGACUAUUCUGUUUAUUUGGCCUCUCCAGGUCCCUGCAACAAUGGCGGUGGACAAGAUUGCUCUACUAAAUCAGGGCUAUCAGGUAACGACAUGCUAAACAGAUGCAUUGUUUUGAAUGUGAGGUCGGUGAUCCGUGUGCAAAUACUACAUUAG